UCCAGCACAUUUCAGAGAUUCUCAUUGGGGUUAAGGUCUUGACUCUGUGGUGACCAACCUAUGUGUGAAAAUGAUGUCUCAUGCUCCCUGAACCACUUUUUCACAAUUUGAGACUGACGAAUCAUGGCAUUGUCUUCUUGGAAUAUGCCCGUGCCAUCAGGGAAGAAAGAACCCAUUGAUGGAAUAACCUGCUCAUUCAGUAUAUUCAGUAAAAUGGCAGAAGGCAGUUUUUCUCAAGACAAGUUCAGCUGUCCAGUAUGUUUGGAUCUAUUGAAGGAUCCAGUGACCAUUCCAUGUGGACACAGUUACUGUAUGAGCUGUAUUACAGACUGCUGGAAUCGAGAGGAUCAGACGGGAGUCUACAGCUGCCCGCAGUGCAGACACACAUUCACUUCAAGACCUGCUUUAUGUAAGAAUGUGAUGCUUGCUGAACUGGUGGAGGACCUGAAGAAGACAAAACUACAAACUAUUGCUCCUGCUUUCUGUUAUGCUGGGCCUUUAGAUGUGGAGUGUGAUGUCUGUACUGGAAUAAAAUACAAAGCUGUCAAGUCCUGUCUGGAGUGUCUGAACUCAUACUGUCAAACUCACCUUGAACAACAUGAAAAAUUAUUUCAAGUUAAAAAGCACGAUUUGAUGGAUCCAACCGGGCAACUUAAUGACAUGAUCUGCCCAAAACAUAACAAACGGCUGGAAAUCUACUGCCGCACUGACCAAAAGUGCAUUUGUUAUCCAUGUUUGAUGGAUGAGCACAAAACCCACGACACUACAACAGCUGUAGCAGAGAGGACUGAGAAACAGAAACUUUUAGAAGAGACACAGAAAAAAUUCAAGAUAAUAAUUCUGGAAAGCGAAAAGAAGAUUUGGGGACUAAAAAAGGGUGUGGAGUCUUAUAAGCACUCUGCACAGACAGCAGUGAAGGAAAGUGAGAGGAUCUUUGGUGAGAUGAUCCGCUUCAUUGAGAUACGUCGCUCUGAGGUGACACAGCUGAUCAGAGAUCAGGAAAAGGCUGCAGUGAGUCAAGCUAAUAGAAGCUUAAGUCAACUGGAUCAGGAGAUUGUUGAUCUGAAGAGGAGAAUCGCAGAACUGCAAAAGCUUUCAUGCACAGACAAUCACAUCCAAUUCCUGCAGAGUUUCCAAUCUGUCUCUGCAGCUCUUGAACCUACAGACUCACACAGCAUUACGGUCAGUCCUCUGCUCUCUUUUGAUGAUGUGAAGAAAUCUGUCUCUCAACUGAAAGAAAAAUUGGAGGAUUUCUGUAGUGAGGAGAUUGAAAAAAUAUCCGGAAAGGUUACAUAUAUCACAAUUAUUCAGAAUAAACCCAAGACCAGGAGGGAGUUUUUGCAAUAUUACCGUCAGUUCACAAUGGAUUCAAACACAGGGAAUAAAUGUCUUCGUCUGUUUGAUGGGAACAGAUCGGCAACUAAUACUGAUACAGUUCAGCAGAAUCCUGAACAUCCAGAUAGAUUUGAUUUUCGGUCUCAGGUGUUGUGUAAAGAGAGUGUGACUGGUCGCUGUUACUGGGAGGUUGAGUGGAGUGGGGAUGAUGGGGUGUUAUUAUCAGUGUCAUACAGGACCAUCAAACGGAAGGGAAAUGGUAAAGAAUGUACAUUCGGAUGGAAUGAUCACUCCUGGAGUUUGUUCUGCUCUCCCUUUAGAUGCUUAUCACUACACAGCAGAAACUGGACUGAUCACCCUGUGUCAUCCAGCAGCUCUAGAAUAGGAAUGUAUGUGGAUCACAGUGCAGGAACUCUGUCCUUCUACAGCGUCUCUGACACAAUGACACUCAUCCACAGAGUUCAGACCACAUUCACUCAACCUCUCUAUCCUGGAUUUACUGUUAACAAAGGAUCCUCAGUGAAAGUGUGUAAACUCACAGAAUAGAUCAUGAGAAUCAGAUAUAUUUAGGAUUAUCUAAAAUCAAAGAGCUGUCUAAUUCUUUUACAUUUGUGAACUACCCAUGGAGUGGCAGUUGUACAGCAGCAUUACAGCACGGUACAUUAUUAUUGUAACAUUAUUAGUAUUAUUGCACAUUACUGGAAAAGUGGGUCGUUUCAGUUUUAUGUGUAUGCAUCUUAUUAAAUUACUGCUGUCCUUCUAAAACCUCUUAUCAUCAUAUUGAUUUUUAGUUUUAGUAAAUUAAAUUAGAUUAGAUACAUUUUUAUUGUUGUUUGUCAUCCCUUUAUGUUUGUCGCUUGGUUUUGCAAAUAUCUAACCAACAAAAUGUAUUAAAAACUGCUCUUCAACUUUGACCUCACAGUUUUUAA